AUGGCGAGAAGUGCAGGCACUCACUGGAGCGAGGAACUUGCAACCGUUUUGCUUGGACUGCGUUCCGCCUUACGUGAGGACUCCCAAGUUAGUCCAGCCCUGAUGACUUACGGAUCAACACUCAGAAUAUCGUCAGAUUAUUUCGAGCCUACACCGCCGGAAGUUGAAAACGCAGAGUUUGUUCGCUGUCUGAGUGAAUCAAUGGCAAAUCUUUCACCGAGCAACAAGUCACAUAGCAACAACAGAAACACAUUCGUGUAUAAAGAUUUAGCGACGUGUACACAUGUUUUCGUUCGCAACGACAUGGUGAAGAGUCCAUUGACCCCGCCAUUCGACAGUCCAUUCAAAUUCAUACAUCGUGGAGAAAAACAAUUUAUCAUCCAGAUGCCUUCGCGUACAGCAGUCGUCUCUAUCGACAGAUUAAAACCGGCAUACCUACUUAACGAAGAAGAAAUCACUCCCAUUUCCUCAAGCAUGCAGAAUAAGCAACAAGCGUCGCCAUCGCGCUUCCCGAGCAUAGUGCCACAACCAGCAGCAGCAGCAAAAACACAGCGCGACACAAUCGUCACUCGUUCCGGCCGCAUAGUUAAACCAAACGUUCGCUUCGCUUAG